AUGCAAAAUGAGACUGAAGAAGAACGAACAAAUAGGCUACAAAAGAGAAAGCAAGACCAGGCAACCGAAACAGUUGAUGAACGAGCAAGAAUACUUGAAAUACUACGAGCAGUUUUUCACAAAGCAAGUUCAAAUGAAAAUGACCAAAAAUCAGAUGAGCAGUUGAGUAUGUCUGUUGAUCCAACUGUAGAUAUAUGUGUUCUUGAAGCAGACAAGGAUAAUGAGUCUGUACAUGAAGCAGAGGGGCCAGGGGUGAGUAGAAAUGAAUAUUUACAUGAGGGUGGUUGGCAAAAUGUUGACAACCCUCUGCAUGAGCUACAGUUUGUACAAAAUGAAAUGCACAGUUUUCAUUUAGAUCAAGAACAUUUAGAGCAUCGACAAUGUACAAUGUGUAAAGAAGCUUGGCCGACACGACAGAACUUAGCAUCAGAAGUAUACAUUUGUUACCGUUGUAAAAGAGACAAGAAAUCACCCAAGAAAUUCAGUGCGGAGAAUGACAUGGACCCAGGAAUAGCUCCUGAACAAUUGAGAGGUUUGACACAGGUAGAAGAAAUGUUAAUUUCAAGGGUUUGUCCCAUUAUGAGAGUGUAUAGAAAACAUGGGGGUCAGAGGGGGUAUAAAGGACAUGUACUUAACUUACCACAAGAUAUUCAAAGUUUCUUGAAUAGGUUGCCUUCUCGUGUGGCAGACUUGCCUGUCUUGAUUGUGCGAAGACAUGGUGCAGAAGACACACAUCGAGACUUUACUGUGCGUCGACACAAAGUUUUUGAGGCUGUACCAUGGUUAAAGACUAACAAUCCGUUCUUUAAAAAUAUUGAAAUUGAUAGAGAUGUCAUCCAAAGUUUACCAGAAAAUGGUAUUCCUGAUGAGCUAAGGUAUGUCAUUGAUGAAAAUGAGCUUUCAGUUCAUGUUGAAAAUGAGGGGCCUCCCCAAGACCCAGUAAUGAGUGCUAAUGCAAGUGUGGAAGAGUUAGUUUUAGGAAGUGGCAGUUCUUCGUUUAUUCCUAUGCGUCAAAGACAGAGAAAAGAAGGUGCGGCUAUCCAAGAUGCAGUAAAUGAAGUUGAUCCGUUAGACUGGCCAUCUACUGAAGGUAAUCUCAUUAAUGAAUUUAAAACAGAUGGUUUAGCUACUAUGGCCUUUCCUACAUUGUUUCCUUAUGGGAAGGGUGACCCAACAAAUAGGGCAAGACAACAUGGUAUAACGUUAACCGAAGCUUUCAAACAUUUAAUGAAGUUUGCAGAGAGGCUUGCAGAUGGUAAGUUUGAAUGGAGGUUUGCUUCUCACUUUCGGUUUCCUUAUUGGGCGUUAAACAUGAAACAACGACAUCAGCUGUUGUCACAAGCAAACGUUAACUUGCGUCAACAUCCUGCUGAUGCAAACAUGACAAUGGAAGAACUGAAACAGAUGGUCAAUUCCAUGAGUGCAAAUCAAAUGGUAAAUAGGUUGCAGCGCUAUGUGUCCAAAGUACAAGGUACGAAUCAGUAUUGGUAUCAGCGGCUGCAGGAAUUGCUUGCCCUGAUUGAACAAAGAGGCUGCCCUACUUUUUUCUUUACUUUUAGUGCAGCUGACAUGCAUUGGCCAGACUUACAGAGGCUGUUGCAGAAUGAUGAAGGUGCAAGCAGAUCUGAGCCAGCACAAGCUGUAAUCGACAAUCCCCAUCUGACUGAUUGGUUUUUUAUGCAGCGGCUGCAGGAGUUUGUCAGACAUUGGCUUAAUGGCGUCUUGGAUGCUGAGUGGCACUGGUAUCGAUUUGAGUACCAAGCUAGAGGAA